AUGAUUCCGGCUCCUAUUCAACGUGGUAUGAUAGUACUCAACCGAGAACUAUUUCAACACAAAAUUAGCGUUAUAGGAAUACGCGUUCCUGCAAACUCAACAGCAAAGUUCUUGAAAGUUUUAAAUAAAGAAUUGUUCAAUCAACCAAAGCUAAGAAAUGUUGUGGAUGAUCCUGGAUCCAAUUUGUCAAAAAUUAUUUUAAUGAACCUAAAAUUCCAAAGCUUAGAUCUUGAUGAUUUACCAAAUGAAAUGAAAGAUUUUAUCAAUAAAGAAGGACUCGGUGUCGUAAGGCAUUCAGUCGAAUUAAAAUAUGACUAUUGGGGAGUUGAUGAUAUACUCAAAGCUAUAUUACCUGAGAGCUCUGAAUCUCCAUCAUCUUUUACACAAGUUGGACAUAUUGCUCAUAUGAAUUUACGAGAAGAAUUCCUUCCUUGGAAAUUUCUUAUCGGCCAAGUCAUUCUUGAUGUAAGGACAGAAUCAAAUAAGUUUGGCAAUCUUAAAACCUGUAAAACUUUAAUGUCAUUUUUCAAUAAAUUUUUAAAGAAAAAUCCAAAAAUCACGACGGUAGUGAACAAAAUUGAUAUGAUUGAUUCAACAUAUCGAAUUUUCAAUAUGGAAAUUUUGGCCGGAAAAAAUGAUAUGAUUGCUGUAGUGAAAGAAAGUAAUUGUAAAUUUCGAUUUGAUUUCUCACAAGUAUAUUGGAAUUCACGGUUACAUACAGAACAUGAUCGAUUAGUAAAGAUGUUUAAAAAAGGAGAUUAUAUAUGCGAUGUUUUUGCUGGCGUGGGACCUUUUGCAAUCCCUGCUGCAAAGAAAGGAUGUAUUGUUUAUGCGAACGAUUUGAAUCCCGUGUCGUAUAAACAUCUUCAGGAGAAUAUUUCAUUAAAUAAAGUAAACAAUAAUAUUUAUCCAUAUAACCUUGAUGGUUAUGAUUUUAUAAAAAAAGCCGUUCAAGAUUUGGAAAAAAGUCUAACCGCUGUAGAUAAAACCAAAUCACCUAAAUCAGAGGAUUUAGUAGCAAAUCAAUCACUUGAAUUUGAAUUUAGAACAUUUAAUCAUUUUAUCAUGAAUUUGCCUGCAACAGCCAUAGAGUUUCUAGAUGCUUUCAAAGGACUUUUUAAGAAUAAAGUAUCUUAUAUAAAAAAUCCUUGCGUAGAUUUACCUAUGAUUCAUUGUCAUUGUUUCUCAAAAAAUGAAAUGCCCGAAAAAGAAAUAAUAGAACGUAUUAAUUCAACGAUAACAUAUCCAAUGCAAGCGGAUAAAUUUAAGUUCCAUUUUGUUAGAAAAGUUGCACCAAAUAAAGACAUGUUUUGUGUUAGCUUCAGAUUAAGCCAAGAAGUUGCAUUUGCUAUCGAGAGCACAAAAAGUAAAAGCGAUUUGGAUGAAGUUGAUACUUUAUUGAAAUCUAACGAGCAGGAUUUGGUAUCAAAAAGAAGAAAAAUAGCAUAA